AUGCCAAACAAGAACCCAUUGUUCGCCAUGAGGCUGGAGAAGCUCUUGGUGCUAUCGCGACAUAUCAGCCUCGAAAAGUUCUUGAGCGAAUAUUGUGAGGUAACGGUGCUGAAUGAUCCGUGCCAGGAAAUAGCUCAAACUUGUGAACUGGCUCUUCGAAGGAUUGAGUUAGUUAACACUAGUGGAGAUAAAACCGAAAGCCCCUAUCAAAGCAUAGAUCCAACAUCGACGGCUUCUACUGAUAAUGUGACUGAGCUUGGUGCUACUCUUGUGGAUAAGUCUAAACCUCUAUGGGAUCGUUACAGCGCAAUGUUUAAAUUGAGGAAUAUCAACACAGAUGCAUCAAUAAAAGCGCUUGCUCAAGGACUUUACUGUGAAGACAGUGCACUGCUGCGGCAUGAAGGUUGCCUACGUGCUAGGUCAGGCACAGUCUCCAGUGGCGAUCAAAGAAUUGGAAGACCGAACUGUAUGGUCCGACAUGAAUGUGCUGAAGCGCUUGGAGCUAUUGCCACUGAACAUUGCACGUCCUUAUUACAGAACUACGUCAGUGACGAAGAGCGUGUUGUUCGAGAAAGUUGCGAGGUCGCCCUU